UACUCCCACAGCACAAAAAAUUAGAGAGAGAAUGGCGAUCUGCAAGCUCCUUCUAGCAGCAACCGCAUCCCUUCUCCUCGCCUACGCAUCAGCCGCCGCCUCCACCGUCCACGAAGAGCUCUCCAAGUACGGCCUCCCGCCGGGUCUCCUCCCCGACUCCGUUAUAAGCUACUCGCUCGGCGGCAAUGGAGAAUUCGAAGUGCAUCUCUCUUCUAAGUGCUACGUUAAGUUCAUCGAAAUUGUCUUCUACGACAAAAAAGUGAAGGGCAAGCUUUCCUAUGGCCAGAUCUCCGAUCUCGAGGGCAUCAAGGUCAAGAAGUUGUUCGCCUGGCUUCCAAUCACUGGAAUCGUCGCACAUCCCGAUGAUGAAAAGCUGGAUUUCCAGGUAGGGUUCUUAUCCGAAGUGCUUCCGUUUUCCUUAUUCGCGACGAUUCCGCAUUGCAGAGCGGGGAAGGGAUCGUAUCGUGGAAUAGAGGGGCUGGUUGCAGAGCAAGCCCUCGCUACCUCUGAGGUUUGAAGAUUAGACAUGCGGUGAGGGACGGCAAAAGUUGUGGGUGUGGUUUUCAUUCAGAGCCUUAUCGUUUGCCAAUAAACAUGAAGAGGGAAAGGGAAGCAUCUCUCGUAUCAUUUCAGAAAUUGUCUUUGUGAGUUCUAAUAAUCUCUCGUGUCAUUUUCAGCUUGCUGUCGUGGCGGUGAUGUGUGAAUUUAAUCUAUUUUGUUCAAAGAGGGCGGAGUUUAGCUUUUGAGUAUGAUGUUGCAUAAUGCAUCUUAAUAGUAUAUUGUAAUAUGUUUUUAUUAAA